GCAAUGGAAUAACACGACUUCACUCAAAAAACCCGUUGUUCAUGUUUGGGGUAAAAGAAAAAUCUGGAAUUGAGAUGACAGUAGAAGGCACCAUGAUUCCAUAUUCCCUGGAGAUAAGGAACGCUCAACUAUAUGUAGGAUAUCAGGCUCGCUCCGAUCCAUCUUCGAGUUUGAACGUGUUACCGGAAGUUCCCGAUGGCGACAGUUCCAUGCUGACAGUUUACUUCCCCAGUGACUUCCUGGUUGACACGAUUGGUCACGUGAUUGACGAAGUCCUGCAAUCGAGAUUUCUUGAAAUAAGCAACUUCCGGUUCAACAUUCGGAAUCUAGGAUCCUAUUUCGAACAGGCAGCGUCAAUCCUACAAGGGGAGACCGGUUACAUAGGUGUCUUCACGAUUGAUGAACCAGCAGGCCCUAUAACACUGGAUGGAGAGGGCAUGUUGAGAGCAGUCGCAGCAAAGAUGAAUUACACAGUCUCGUCUUCAUGUGGUGACCAUGUUCUCUUCUCUCUGGAAGUGGAACUGGACAUUGCAAUUAAAGUUGUGUUUAACGACAGACUGUUUUACCUCGGAGUUUCUGAUUUCAGAUCAGCAGUUACUGUCACUGACUCGAAGAUCGGCAAGACGAAGGAUUUGCUAAACAUGGUGGACACCCUUGGCAUAGGGAAGAAUGGUUUCGUUGUCCAGGAGCUCAAUGGAAAACUUCGCACCAUAGACCUGUCCUUCUUCCUCACCAACACAGGUGUUCUCAGCGGUACGGAGUUCAGCGUCGCAGAGGACUACCUUCUUUUGCGGAGUAAUUUGUCUUCACAACAGACGACUUCCGGUUGGAGGCAAUUCGGGACUGUUUUUAAAGGCGAGCACAUGCGAACAGAACAAGAUCAGAGCUUUGUUGAAACUAUUGCCAUCGAGCCGUGUAAUAUCAAGUUAUCAACGGAAAGCGGCACGGGAGAUCUUUAUUUGUCUUUAAGAACAGUGUUAACUUUAGCCAUGUCAGCGAUCUUCUUCUACGUAGUUAGCGUGUAAACACGUUAGCUGUUGUUUUGAAUGUAUUCGCCUCCUUUUAUGUAAAGAUGUGAGACUUUAAUGGUUUUGAAGUUUAAACAGACGUAGUUUCCACAAAGAGAGACCUCACAGUACGAUCUGUUAUAGGUCAGGUAUUGUUCCAGAAACCUUGACAAAAAUGAAUUUGCCCCAAAAGGAGAGCUUCACUGGGUUGCCUGAAUACAUGCAUGUGGGAGAAAAACAAUUGUUUGGUUCCACAAGGAAACAAACCAUUAAAGCAGUGACAAAAAUAAUCUCGAUCAUAUACCAUGUAACUCUGCCAUGAUAUAACGCGCAAAUUCGAGAUUCACUGGCAACUUUAUCAAUGUUUAAAACUUAAGAUGUUAAAAAAAUCAUUGCAAAUUUUGAAAAAGGAUAGACGGCACUCCAAGUUUGACAUCUGGAUACAGUAUGUUGUUACGAUUUACAUACAAAUAUGCAGGAAAGAGGUCUCGGUUGAUCCGAGCGCAGUCAGGCUUUUUAGGCACAUCAAUAGGUGCUCACAGGAAGUUUACUCAGUUGAGAAUCCACCAACAACUUGAGAUUGGGUACCAAACCUAGAGCAUUUAGUACAAGAGGUUGGACAACUCCUACUAGCAGUGCAAACGUGACAGUAAGUAAGCGAGGUCCACAUAUUUGCCAAGUUUUUCGAGAAUUCGUUUUUUCUUUGUUUUUCGUGGAUUCAUAAAAAGGACAGCGAUUCUUUAUAUGUAAAUUUAAAAAUUACAACCUAUGAAACGGAUAACUUUGUUCUAAAAUGACACCAAGAAAUAUUUUAAUAGGAAAAGAUUUUAAUAAAUAACUGUCAUGUCUUUGUAUUCCACUUAAUAAAGAACUCUGUGCAAAGUA